CUGUCAAACUAAAAAAAGUGUAUUCGUGUAGACGUGCGUAUUUCAUUAAUAUGAUUAAUGUCUAAUUAACAAUAUCAAUAGCCAAUUAUAUUUAAUUAUUCAUAAAAACAUAGUUGACGUAGGAAUUAGUUCUUAAAUUAGUAAAUUUACUUUGAAAGUAGGGAAAGAAUUUACUCCAUAAAGAUUAUAAGUGAGACAGAGACAAUAAAAGACAAAACAAUUUUUUCGGUUUUUAUUGUCUGAAUUAACUUCGUUUAUUAAAAGUAUACGGACAAAUUUUUACUAUUUUAUUUUAUGAUGUUACUAUUUCUAGUUGAACAGUAUGGUCAGUAAUUAUAUAGGCUGACGAAAUGUUUUGAGGUUAUUUAUCCAUGUAAACAGACGUUCAGCUCAGUUCUGGUUUAGCAGUUUUUUGAUAUCAAUCUAGACGAACGUUUAUAGCCACUUCGUGAUAAAUUUUACAUUACUUAGUUUCUUCAUUAUUAUUUUAAUGUAAAUACAACAAUGGUUUCGUUAAAAUUAAUUUUGUGCCUCUUUCUCGUGUUUAUUUGUGUCGCUGAUUCAAGAAUCGAAGAAAAUGAAGAUGUACCUCUAGCAAAGUUUGGAUCAAAAUCAGGACCCACGUUAAAUUUUUUCUAUUGCUAUUCGUGUGGAUAUAGAAAAGUAUUUGAGGAAUAUGUUAGUAUUUUGAGACAAAAAUAUCCAGAACUCCAAAUAAAUGGCGACAAUUACAAACCCCCAGGAUAUAAUAUGUUUGUGGCACAUUUUCUGGGUAUAGCAAAAAUUCUAGUCAUACUUUUAAUUCUCAGUGGAAUUAAUAUAUUCCAAUGGAUCGGUCAGCCAGCGCCUUUUGUUUGGCAAUGGUGCAUUGACAAUCGCCUUUACGCUAGUAUUUUACUCUUUUUUAUCUGUAAUGCUAUCGAGGGUCAACUGAUUUCUUCCGGAGCCUUCGAAAUCCAUUUAAAUGACGUUCCUGUUUGGUCAAAGCUGGAAACCGGAAGGAUACCUCAGCCUCAAGAAUUAUUUCAAAUUAUUGACAACCAUAUGCAAAUGAUGCUGCCUGAAAUGGAUAUCGGAAAACCGAUGUCAUUCACCAAGUAAUUUUUAAGAAAAAAAAUGUUCCAGUUUUGAAAAAUAAACACAUAAAUAAUGUUAAGAAAAAAAUCAUUGAAGACUUGUGUUGUUAAAAAUAUGUCGAUAAUAAUUACGUCAAAGUCUUACACUUUGUUCAUAAUAAUUGCUUCAUACGCAAAUUUACACAAUAACUUUAAAUUAGAUUUUAAGACACUAGAGUGAAAAAUAAAAUAAUAGAACAAAAAAGAGAAAAAAAUGUUCUCUUGUUUAAAAAAACUCAGAAAGAAAAUUAUCUCUGAGCAGCGGUUCAAAAUAUUACGCAGGCGUGAAACGAUCGCUUUUCUGUAAAUGGUUUUUUUAGCGGUCAUUGAAAAACAAUUUUUGAUUUUAACAAUAUUCACGAAAACUAAAAUUUCAAAAUCAAUAAAAAUAAAUGAAAAAUUGCGCACUUUUUACGUGCCUCUUUAUUGGCGCAUA